AUGUCUGGAAGAGGCAAAGGCGGCAAGGGACUCGGGAAAGGAGGCGCUAAGCGUCAUCGUAAAGUAUUGCGCGAUAACAUCCAGGGAAUCACCAAACCCGCCAUUCGUCGUCUGGCUCGCCGCGGCGGCGUCAAGCGCAUCUCUGGGCUGAUCUACGAGGAAUAUGGCGAGUAUUUAACCCGCGGAGUGUUGAAGGUGUUUUUGGAGAACGUGAUCCGCGAUGCCGUCACCUACACCGAGCACGCCAAGAGAAAGACCGUCACCGCCAUGGAUGUUGUGUACGCGCUGAAGAGACAGGGACGCACCCUGUACGGCUUCGGGGGAUAA